AUGCGAUUUCCAACCGUCAUCGCCCUCUGCGCCUUUGUGCUCGCCUUUGCCGGCGCAGCAUGGGCACUCACAGAAGAGGCGGCAUUCCGCUUCGAGUCGUACACGCCAAGACUGGGAUCGCCCGUCACUUCCAAUACGGUGGCCGCCCUCCAACCUCGAUUCCACCGCAUCUUGGGACACACUUCACAGUCCGUCGAGGCUGGAAAGGCGCAGACGGCCCUCUUCUCAGUCACCGACGCAAACGUCGUCGGCGCAGUCAAUCCGCGCAAUGGAGCCAUCGUCUGGCGACAGCACCUCGACAGCACAGUACAGGGAAUGUGGCUCGAUGCCGACGUCGCUUUGGUUGCCAGCGGCCAACGCGGUCAGAGGUGGCACCUCUUCCACGCCCUCACCGGAUUCACACAAUGGUCGCGUAACUUCGCAGAGACGCAGGCCAGCGUCAACACCUCUUCAUCAGCGCCGCACAUCGAUGCCGCCUGGCUGCCUAUCAUUGAACAGGCUCGCUGGGAUGUCAUCACCCUCACAGACGGCGACACUGUCCGACGCAUUGACACCGAGAGCGGCAAGGAUUUGUGGCGAUUCAGUAGACGAGAGAAUGGCGAGGACAGCGCCUCUUGGCCAUCAUUUCGCGUCCUCACUUCCUCGUCCACCCAUGUCCACGUCGUCUCGCUCACCAACAAGGGAGGGCUGCAACAUCAAGUCCUUGCUGCUCAAACGGGCGUCCUCUUGGCCACCUCCCAGAUCCCAGACGCAUCUGUAGAGUCAUCGGAGGACGUCAGCAUCCUUUCCCUCAAUCCGCGCGAGUACGCAUCGGGCCAGAGCAGCACCGUACCGCCCGAGCCACACAUCGUCUGGCGUCAGACUGACGGCACGCUGCGGUCAGUCGCACUGCCCCUCCCUCCCCUCGACGCCAAGACGUCUGCGACGAAGCUCGCCCAGCCACAAUCGCUGAGCGCACGCAAUACGGCCGACCCAUACUCUGGCCUACGCGAAGUCAACAUGGCCAAUGAAGGUUACCUCGUCGCCACACGCGCUUCGGGCCGCGGCGAAGUGGUGCAAUUGAAAAAGGAGCGAGGUGGACGCAAGCUCCUCUCGCUGUGGGAGUUCGAGGAAGAAGCGCUUGAUGCCGUCUACGCAGGCAAUUUCGACCGCAGAGGCUCCGCAUACAUUAAUCGCGUCUACUUCUCCUCUUCACAACACCUUCUCAAUUUUCACGUCUUCUGGGCCAAUACCAACAAUGACGAAGGACAAGUCACGGGCUUUUCCUUCAGAUGGGACCAUGACAUGCACGGAGAUGUCCUCGCUGCUCCAUUCGAGGUGUCGCCCGUCUCUGCCUACCAGCUCGUCACGCGCGCAGGACUUGCCACGCGCUCAGGGGCCUUGCAGAUGGUCCAGGAGGAUAGACAUCAGUGGAUCAACGAGGAGGGGCUCACCAGCACGCAGCAUGUUGCCUUUGUGGACCUGCCGAGGCGAGCGAGGCCUUCUGGAUCAGACUUGAGCUCAGAAGAGGCGCUCCAGCUCUUGCAGAGGGAGGGCAUCUUGGGCAGACUCGUGAGGCAUGCUAAUGCUGCGCGCUUGUUCCCCGCGUGGGUUGCGGACAUGGCGCAGAAGGCACUUGCAGUCGCCCGAGGAGACAAGGAUCUGCCCUCUACCACCACGCUUUCUGCUGCUGGUGCUGGCGCCGCUACGACCGCGUCGGCGUACGACGACCUGCCUCCUCCACCCGUACGAGCUGGCCUGCCCGCCAAGGACAUCGCGCCUCCACCCAAACAAGCCCCCGCUGCAGCUGGUCUCACCAAGGCUGAGCGAACCAAGGCCAUGAAUCGCGCCAAGGUCGAAGAGGAGCAGCCAGUCGAUUCCGUUGGGCCGCGAACGAUCACUCACGAAGAGGCAUCCGCUCGAUACUUAUCGGACAAGUGGGGUCUGCGGCAAUUCAUGAUAUCGGCCACAAAGAAGGGCAAGCUCUACGCACAGGACACCGGCGCCAAGUCACAAUUUGUUUGGGAGAAGUCACUCGUCGGUUUCGGCACCGGAGAAGGCUCGCCCACGCCAGAAGUCGACGUCAAGUACAUUGGCGUUGUUCGCGACCUGCAAGUCAAGGGCGGCAAGCAGCUCGAUCCACUCAUGUACGUCGUGGCAGAAGUUGAGGAACAAGGCGCGAAACUGUCGCAAGUCUGGGAGGUCGAGCCCUUAACGGGCGACUUUGUCGAGGGGGCAAUGACAGGCAAGCCACUCUUUGUAGGCAGUGUGCGUCAAGUGCGCAAGCUCAAAGGACAGCAGGCCAUUGCAGCGGUGGAUGAAAGUCUGCAAGUCCAUCUCUGGCCCCAGACGCCGGAGACUGCGCAUGCCUUUGCCGCUCGUACCCAGCCCUUCUACUACGUCGACACGUCGCGAGACGAGACCUUGAUCGGCUACGAGGUGCGCAGCAACGCCACGACCAAUCUUCACGCACUUCAACAGACCUGGGCAUGGUCACCUCCUGGCGACGAGCGCGUGCUUUCCACCCACUCGUCGUCUAUUCUCACCGACGCGCCCAUUGCCGCACUCGGUCGCGAGCUCAACGACUGGUUCCUCACCAAGAUGCACAAGCUCCUCGACCCCGCCGCACUCGUCGUUGUGACACACUCGCCUUUGCGCCAAUCUCUCGCCGUAUACCUCAUUGACCAAUCCACGGGCAACGUCUUGCACUCGCUGAUCGCGCCAGGCCGCGCCGACAUCUCGCGAGGCGCGCAUGUCACCUUCCACGAGAACUGGCUGACGCUCGCAUAUACGGUGCAGGACGGGCAAGGCGACGUCAAUGGUGGCCGCGUACUGUCGAUGGAGUACUACGACGCUUCCGCAGACGCAGAGCGCUCGCUCUCCAACUGGCUCGUCCGCGCAGUCGCGAUCAAAGCCAAUGUCAACUCCAAGGACGCCAAGGCACGCGCCAAGGCAAUCUCGCCUCGCUCCAAGCAGGUCAAGGCGUUCCACAAAUCGUUCCUCCUGCCCGCCGACUUUGAAGGCGUAGGCAAGGCUGGCACUCACGUCACUGAAACGCUUCAUGCCGCCGCAGACCGAGCGCUUCUCUUGGUCACGGGUACAGACGAGCUCGUCAUGCUGCCCAAGAAGUUGCUCGACCCGCGACGACCGAUGCCCAAGGGCUCGACGGCAAAGAAGCAAACGCGUGAAGAGGCGGACACGAUGCUGCCCGUCUACGAUGGUCUGCUCGGUUUCGAUGAAAAGCGCGUCCUGACGCACUCGAUCCAUGUCCUUGGAGCUGCAACGGGCGCCACUGCAUCGGGUGGCGCCGUCUUCUCGCGCCGUACCAAGCUCGAGUCGACGACCCUCGUUGGCGUCCACGGCCACGGCGUCGUCGAUUCCUUCUUGACCAAAGUGACGACGGGUGGUGACUUUGAUCUCCUGAGUGGGACUUUCAACAAGGUGCAGCUCAUCGCGACGACGGGCGCGUUGGGCUUGGUGUACGCAUUCACAAGGCCGCUGGUGAAGGGCAAGGGCUUGAAGGCGAGGUGGGGCUAA